UAAUCAGACAAGAAUAAAUAGAGAGAACAGACAGCCAGGCAUAAAAGGUAUGAAGGAUGAAGUACCAAGAAGAGAGACAGUCUGUCAACAAGGAAGAGACCUUUACCUUUGACCCGUGUGACCACCGCAUAGAACCCCACUUGGAUUUACCCAACUUUAGUUAAUUCCCAAGUGACCCACUGCCACAUAGCAGCUAAUCCGUCACACAGACUGUGCCGAACUUGUCCGUAAACGUACCCAGAUCUAUAAGCCAUGGAGGAUAGACUACUGGCACGCAUUGGGCCAACAGGUGGGGGUGAUGUGAGAGCAGCAUGUAAGAAAUGUGGAUAUCCUGGUCAUCUUACAUACCAAUGUAGAAAUUUUGUUAAGGUUGAUCCUCAGAAAGAUGUUGUACUAGAUGUUUCAUCAACAUCAUCAGAGGAGAGUGAUCAUGAGACACCUCUUACACAACUCAACACUCAAGAACUUUUAGCAAAGAUGAAACAAGAGAAGAAAAUGAAAAAGGAAAAGAAAAAAAUUAAAAAGAAAGAAAAGAAGCGAUCAAGAAGCAGUAGCAGAGACAGAUCUCAAUCACCAGCUGAGCCUAGGAAGAGGAAAUCUCGGUCACCUUAUGUGGAACACCAUAAGGGAAGAACAUCAAAAUCUUCAGACAGCGAUUCAGAGAGGGACGUUAAGCUUAAAAAAAGAAAAAAGGAGAAAAAGAAGAAGAAAAAGAGUGAUAAAGAUAAGAAGCAGAAGUAAAAGAGAAGCUGCAAGGAAGGACAGUAUAAACCAAUAGAUAAAACUGUUUGCAUUCCAUUUUAUAUGGCCCAUUAUACAGUAAGAGAUUUUAAUAUUUACAAAUACAUCAUCUUCUUUA